AUGCACAAGAGGAGUGAGGAUGAUGUUCCGGGCAAGGAGAAGAAAUCGAGGCGUGCUGGGAGUUCACGUAGAAAAGGAGAGGCUUUACCAGAGGCUGGAAAUGAAGAUGCUAUGGAUGAAGACAGCAAUGGAGGGGUGUCAGAUGAUACAUUGAGUCAGGGGAAAAGGUCAAAGCGCAUGAAGAGUUCAUCGAAGAAGAAAACAGACAUUUCCAAACAUUUAGAUGGACUCAAAACUGGCCCUGUUGCUGACAGCAGAACACUGGACAAGAAGACAGUAGAUGAUGUUUUGAGCGAGAGAAAAUCUGGGCGCACGCUGAGAUCCACGAGCAAGAAGGAAGAUGCUUUAGAGGGUUUGAAAAGGCUGGCAAAGGAUGGAAGCUCUGCACACAAGAAGGGUAGAAUCACAGAGGAUGGGUAUCAUAGACUUGGAGAUAGCAAUGCCGAGGAUCUGACUUCUCCUGGCAAGAGAAGAUCAGGGCAUAAUGAAAACUCAAUAAGCAAGCGAGUGUCCAUCUCGGAGCAGGGUAGGAAGAAGAAGAAACUUUCUGAACUCAUGGCAGAGACAGGCAGGCCUAAUUCUGCAUCUGGUGGUAAGGGCAAAACUCGAGGGAAGCAUUUGUUGCAUGAUUCAGCUGAGAAAGCUGAGGAUCCUGAUCGUCACUCUAAGGAUACAUUGGUGACUAGGAAAAGAAAGAAGCUCAACACAUUGGGGGAUUUGUCUUCACAGUCAGAGCCUCUCUCUCGUAAGAAGUCCACAAAGGUUGGAGAACUGAUGAGCAAAGCAGCUGGGAGCAGCAUGUUACAGGCAGCACCUGCUGUCAGAGCUAAUAGUGGAGUGUCUCAGACGAAACCACGUAGGGCUAAGCACAGGCAAGUAAAUGCUGAAGACAAAUCUCCACGUCCUGUGAAGGUGAAUCAGGGGAACAGCGAAGCCAUUAGUGAGGAGUCUCUAUCUUGUGGAGAAAUGCUAUGGCAGCUCUCAGUAGCAGCAUGUGGUAAGCAUGAUCAUGCAUUGUCUUACUUAAGUAGUAUUUUUGUACACAACAUAUACAAUCUUUUGGCACAUGUUCCUUCGAUGGAUUUUCAAAAGGAAUCAACAUUUGAUAUGUGGAGUACUGUUGGUGUGAUUAGUGUUCUUACUCUUGCCUUUUGGUUUUGUACUUCUGAUGAAGGGCUGUCUUCUAAAGGAGAAAAGGACUCUUCCAAGGACACUUCUACUUACAUCAAGAAAAAACUAAAAUUGAAGUUCACCAAAGCAUGGCUGUCUUUUCUCAAGUUACCACUAUCACUUGAUGUCUACAAGGAGGUCCUUGCUUCAAUUCAUCAAAAUGUCAUUCCUUCAAUGUCAAACCCUUCCAUCUUAUGUGAUUUCUUGACUAGAUCAUAUGAUAUUGGUGGUGUUAUCAGUGUGAUGGCCUUGAGUGGCCUUUUCAUUCUUAUGACACAACACGGUCUGGAGUAUCCAAAAUUCUAUGAAAAGCUUUAUGCACUACUGACUCCUGCUGUUUUCAUGGCAAAACACUGGUCAGUGUUCUUGCAAGUAAGUGAAAAAAAGUAUGACUGCCACAUUAUGGUUCCUCUCCGAGUAUGGUAG